AUGAUUCUGGAUGCCUUUGCCCAGCAGUGCAGCCGUGUUCUAAGUCUCUUAAAUUGUGGUGGAAAACUACUGGACAACAAUCACUCUCAGUCCAUGAUUUCUUGUAUAAAGCAGGAAAAUCCAAGUUAUAGUGAAAGACAAGAGCAAUGUCAGCUUGGAAAAAUGGUCCAUAGUCAGACGUCAGACAUUUUAGACAUAGAGAUGCAGUAUAUGCAAAAGAAACAACAAACCUCAGCCUUUCUGAGAGUUUUUACUGAUUCCCUUCAGAACUAUUUGCUCUCUGGGAGCUUCCCUUCGCAGAACACCUCAUCAGUAAAUGAUUUUAGCCAUUUGGCAGAUGUGGAUCCACUUUCAACCUCUCCAGUGCACACUUUAGGUGGAUGGACAUCUCCAGCAACCUCUGAAUCUCAUGGUCACCCGUCAUCUUCUACACUUCCAGAGGAGGAAGAGGAGGAAGAGGAAGAAGGUUACUGUCCUCGAUGUCAAGAGCUAGAGCAGGAGGUAAUUUCAUUGCAACAAGAAAAUGAGGAACUUCGUAGAAAAUUGGAGAGCAUUCCAGUGCCCUGCCAGACUGUUUUAGAUUAUUUGAAGACUGUCCUUCAGCAUCACAACCAACUUAUGAUACCACAGCCAGCAGACCAUCCGACCGAGGGGAGCAAGCAGUUGCUGAACAACUACCCUGUCUACAUCACUAGUAAACAGUGGGAUGAAGCUGUAAACUCGUCAAAGAAAGACGGCAGACGGCUACUGCGCUAUCUCAUCAGAUUUGUUUUCACAACCGAUGAGCUUAAGUACUCAUGCGGCCUUGGAAAAAGGAAAAGGUCAGUGCAGUCAGGAGAGACAGGUCCUGAAAGACGUCCUCUGGAUCCCGUAAAAGUAACAUGUCUCAGAGAGUUCAUUAGGAUGCACUGCACCUCCAACCCGGACUGGUGGAUGCCCUCCGAAGAGCAAAUAAACAAGGUGUUCAGCGACGCGGUGGGACACGCGCGGCAGGGGCGCGCGGUGGGGACUUUCCUGCACAACGGCAACUCCUAUUACGAAGGGACUGACCACGCAGGAUCGCAGGACGAGGUCUUCAAUAGAGGUUUGCAGGACGGAUCCGGCGAUUGAUGGCAGUGAGUGGAAACCCACCCAACAGUAGCAAGUGGUUAAUUUAGGAGAGACUGUUUGUUGGACAUACCCUGAAGUCAUUUAAGAGUCCAAAGCAUGUCUGUCCACACGCAGCACACAUUCCAGCUUCUCCAUUCUGUCAUGUCCCCAGGGAAACGAAACCCACUUCAAGACCUACCCUAUGAGACCUCUUAGUGCCUAUUAUUUGCAAAUGCUUCACAACCCUUUUAAAGGGAGACUGCAAUUUCAUUUCAUAUAGUUCUAGAGAAGAGGUGAUACUAAAAGAAAUAACAAAAGUUUCUAAAGAAACAACAGCCAAACUCAUGUCUGCCUCCCGAUAACCAGCCCAGCUCCGGACACUCAGAACCACCAGAUGCCAUUUGCUUUGCUUGAGCACAACAUAUAAAAACAAGUCUGCGUGCUGUGACAAGAGAAUAAAUGGUCUCCCAUUUCAUCACAGAAAGUAGCAUAAUUAUAAACGUUACCUUAAAAUACCACACAGAAUGGAAAAUUCAGGGAAUUCCUUUAGCCAACUAUGCCAGGAAAUUAAGCUUCCUGCCUAAAACAGCAGCGCUCAUUGACAGCAGAAUCCUUUAAAGACUCAGAACAAUUACAGACCCUUCUAAAAGGAAAAAAAAAUUCUUUGUAUAUUGGAUAGACACUGUAUUUAUCUAGAUUUCUAGAAGAUUAGAGUCGAUCAUGACAGUUUUCAUUAAAAAAGAAAAGACUGCUAAACAACAAAUUGCCUUUUCAGAAGACAGGUUCCGCUUUGUCUGUCCCUGUUCUGCAGCCACACUGCUUUACUUUAGAGAUUUUAAAUUGCCUUUCUUUGUUCCUGCUUUCAUUUGUGUUUUGCACCCAUUCCUUGAAGUGAGAGACUAGGCAACAUGCUGGUCCUCAUAGCUGGAUGCUCCACAGUUCACUCAGGGAGGGCUUGUGCAAGAAGAGCUUAAUUUAGCCUUUGGGGUCUUAGGGCAGGUAAACAUAGGACACAGACUGACUGAGAGCUGUAAAAACAGCAACAAUAAAAAUCAGUGCUAGAACUGAAGAGGGUUCUCAACAGAAUAUGGUACUGGAAGUAGAUACCAACUUUAAAAAAAAAAAAAAUUCAUCCACUAAAAAUGUUUCGAUUCRAAGGCCUAAGAGCCCAUUGCCACUCCAAAAGUUGGGGGAAAAAAAUGAUACCCUCUAGAAACUCACAAUGCCAAAGAAAUAAUCCCCUUUCUUUUCAGCAUCGAGUUGCCUCAGUUUUUACCUGAGCCUGGGGAUGGCAACACUUCAAAGCCCAAACUGGCUCUUUCUGAGGUGGUGUUUUCUGACAGRUUCAGGGAACUGAUUUUGCAAAAGAAAGUUUGCUCUGUGAUGUUUGAUCACCUCUGGGGCUGCCUCAUAAGCUCCAGUUCUCCUGAACACGUAUCAUGUACACCUAGCUUUCCUCAUCACCCUGGGCCAACAUUAGGGAAGCUGCCAAUUACUCCUUUUCACCCUUGUCCUCUCUUCCCGUCCUUCUCCACUUGGAUCCUUCCCUUAAGUAUCUGGGGGUGAUUUUUGCAACCCCAGGUAGGGCUGAGGUGGUCAGUCACACYCCAGCUCACCCAUGCAGUAGCUUCUCCCCAUCAUCCAUCUGCUCUUUGCCAACCAUUGACCAAAGGGCUUCAUGAUGGAGCCCACCCAGGACAUCCCCCUGUGCCAGGAGCUGCAGGGAGCUCCAGGACACAGGUGCCACUGGAACUGUGAUUAACGAAGCCCAUAGAUGCUUUAGGCCCUUGAAUGCCCAAUACCUCCUCAAUUUUUUAUGUGUUUUUUAUUUCAUACUAUUAAAAGACAAAACAAUGAAAGGCUCUCAAUUACUUCCUAAACGAAAUACACAYGUUAGUCACAUUGGACCUUACCCAACCAACAGAUUUUCAACAGACCUGCCCCUCACACCCACACACUACAGUCAGGAGGCAAUUUUACCCAAAAGGUCAAUGCCGAGUAGUGGCUAACUGAGAAGGAACUCUGUGUGUAAAAAUGUCACAGUGCAGAUAUCCUAUAGUAGCUUUUCAGUGUUGAACU